AUGGCACUAGAACCGGGAUUGAUCCGACUAUGGAAGACCAAGCGCGUCCAACAAGUUCUCACGAGCCAUCUAGCAAAAAAUGAUCUCACCGCAUGCCGUCUAGUAUGCCGCAAGUUCGCUAUAUAUCUUGCACCAAUCCUAUUCGCGGACAUUGAAGUCAAUUUUCGUAGUAGCAAUUUCAACAGACCCUCGCGAAUGGCAGCUUUGGAGCGCAUUGGGGGACACGUCCAGGCCAUGACGUUCAAGAUCUCACAUGGUAGGGAGACCUUCUUACCUCCAAUCCUAGAUCCAACCAUGGGGACAGAACAAACCUUCAUCUACAAACCACAGCGGUGCCAAAGGGGUGGCAGUGAUCAUAGGUAUGGCAGCCGGCAAAUGACAGAGCUGUUGGUCAAACAGUAUCCGCCUCUGUUCCAUGCAUCUACAAACAUCCCAUCAUUUGUCCAGGCAUUGAAUAUGAUGAGCGGUUUGCAACAUCUCCGAAUUUCCUCUCCAGGAUUUGGUGCUUCGCCUGCAUCUUGCAAGCGCUGGUCCCAGAUCCGCAAGCUCACACUCUACAUGACGAGUUUCGGCCAUGAGCCAGGCCAACCGACAGACCACCUCGAGCUCCUCCAUGCAUACUUAAGAAGCUUCCCUUCUCUGCAACGACUGGUCUUUCACUGGGAAGGCGAGAGGGGCCCCUCACCCCUGUCACUUGCAACAGAGCCCAGCCUCAACAGCGCAGCCAAAGGAAAGCCCACUCAAGCUUGUCCUCAGAGAUGCGUAUUACCCUUACAGCCAUUGAAAUUCCAGCAUCUUCAACAAAUGGAGCUGGUCAAUGCAAAAAUGGACGCGUCGCAAGUGGCGUCUUUCAUCCAGGAGCACCGGAGUACCCUGCGCGAGUUCAAUUUCGAAAAUGUGGUUCUCCGCAGCGGUGAUUGGGAUGAUGCGCUCGCGCCGUUGACGCGACUCAGCAGCAACGAGGGAUGGAAGCAGGGCCAGCGUGACACCGACACUGUGGAUGUGCCGAUUGUAUUGAGUCCAGCGGGAGUCAGCCAGAAACAGUUACUGAAAGCAAUUUAUGCUUUGCAGCAGCAAAAGUGUCCAAAGACGCCGAGAAGCUUGGCUAAAGCGCGAUCCCGGACACGCGAGCUUCUGUUGGGGAGCCCGGAUCAUAUGAAGAGAUUGCUGCGAUCUUCGGUGUUUAGUUGGCGGUGA